AUGCAAAAUCUCGAGGCGAGUUCUAAUCAAACUCUCGGAGCUAAUCAAGUUAUUGCCACAUCUGCCCAAUCAGAAAGCUUCGACCCAAAUAACCCUGAUGCUUAUAUCGACAAGCUAUUAGGGCUUGGCGACCGAAUUACAAAACUCGAGAG